UCUGGGCUGUCAGCCGGCGACGGAACGGGUUGGGCCCAGGCGGGAGGGAGGCAGGGGGAGUGUGGCUUGUGCGAGGAGGGAGGGCCUGCGACUGGCGGGGCGGAUGGCUCCUCCGGGGACCCCGCGCUGAGCGAGCGAGCGAGGGAGCGAGAGAGCCAGGGACGCCACCUCCGCCACCAUGUUUAGGCGGAUUUUGCAGAGGACUCCAGGCCGAGUUGGGUCUCAGGCUUCAGAUUCUGACUCUGCAGUCCCUGGAAAUGCAGUGGAUGUUAACAAUGAGAGCUCUUCAGAGGGCUUCAUCUGUCCAGUGUGUAUGAAAAUGUGCAUUACUGCCCCUGAUCUAUCUGAACAUUACCAGAAUGAACACGUUGGGACAGAAACAAGAAGACUGGAGCUGCGUGAAUUACCUGCUAGUACUGGAUUUAUUUGUCCACUUUGUAUGAAGUCCCAUGGAUCAGCUGAAGAACUUUUCAAACACUACGAAGCAGUUCAUGAAUCUGGUAUUGAUGCAAGUCAUGGAGGAGACUUGUCUCCAAAAAGAGAUGACAUAACGCUACUGCGACAAGAAGUUCAAGAUUUGCAAGCUUCACUUAAGGAGGAGCGAUGGUACUCUGAAGAGCUGAAGAAGGAAUUAGAAAAAGUUCAAGGGCAGAGGCAUCAAGAGAAUAAACCUGAUGGACUGACAAGUGCUGCAUCUACAGAUCUGGAAUCAUUAGAACAGCAGCUAGAAGAGAGUCAAGUAGAAAAGUUUAAUAUUAAGCAGAUGAAAGACUUGUUUGAACAGAAAGCAGCACAACUGGCUACUGAAAUUGUGGAUCUUAAAGCCAAAUAUGAUGAAGAAAAGAGCCUUCGAGAAGCUGCAGAACACAGAGUGGCAAAUGUGACACAAGAACUACAGAAGGAAAGAGGUAUAUGUGAAGAUUUAAAAACAGAGCUGCUUCAGAGGCCUGGUGUGGAAGAUGUUGCUGUUCUUAAGAAGGAACUGGUUCAGGUUCAAACACUUAUGGACAAGAUGACUUUGGAGCGGGAGAAAGAAUCUGAAAAACUCAAAGAUGAGUGCAGUCAUUUGCGAACAGAAUGUACAACCUCACAGGCUACCAUCAAUCAGUUAAGAGCUGAACUUGCCAAAGGACCUCAGGAAGUUGCUGUAUAUGUACAGGAACUUCAAAAACUUCAAAUUUCAGUUAACGAAUUAACACAGCAAAAUCAGAGUCUGUCAGAAAAACUGAAAAAGAGAGAUUUGGAUUACACUCGGUUAGAAGAAAAGCAAACUGAGGAAUCAAUAAGUAAAAAGAAUCUGCAAGCAACCCUUAAUCAAAAGGAUUUGGAUUGUCAGCAACUUCAGGCAAGGCUAUCUGCAUCUGAGGACUCAUUACAGAGGCUACAGAAAGAAUUAGGUGAAAGGGGAGAAGCAAGUCAAAAACUUAAGGAAGAAUUGUCAGAUGCAGAGAACAAAUACCAGCAUCUUAAGGCAGAGUUUAAACAGUUACAGCAGCAAAGAGAGGAAAAAGAACAGCAUAGUCUGCAACUUCAAAAUGAGCUUAAUCAGUUGCACAAUAAACUUUUGGAGACAGAGCGUCAACUUGGAGAAGCACAUGGACGACUAAAAGAGCAGAGACAGCUGUCUAGUGAAAAGCUGAUGGACAAGGAACAGCAGGUUGCUGAUCUUCAAAUAAAACUUUCACGUGCUGAGGAGGAGCUAAAGGAGAAAGCAGCAAAUGCAACUGAACUGCAACAUCAGUUAGAUAAAAUGAAACAGCAGCAUCAGGAGCAACAGAAUCUUCAACAAAGCACAACAGCAAAGCUGCGAGAAGCCCAGAAUGAUUUGGAGCAAGUACUACGUCAGAUUGGUGACAAGGAUCAAAAAAUUCAAAAUCUUGAAGCCCUGUUACAAAAGAGUAAGGAGAAUAUCUCCCUGCUAGAAAAGGAGAGGGAGGAUUUGUAUGCCAAAAUUCAAGCUGGUGAAGGAGAAACAGCAGUUCUUAACCAGCUACAGGAGAAGAACCACACAUUGCAAGAACAGGUUACUCAGCUGACAGAAAAACUCAAAAAUCAGUCAGAAAGCCAUAAACAGGCUCUAGAGAAUCUGCAUGAACAAGUACAGGAGCAAAAGGCACAUCUAAGAUCCUCUCAAGAUCGUGUUGUCUCCUUAGAAGCAACUAUAAGUGAGCUAAACAGUCAGUUAAGUGAAAGCAAAGAAAAAGUAAUUCAACUUGAUUUGCAGGUAAAAGCCAAGACGGAACUGCUUCUAUCAGCAGAAGCUGCAAAAGCUGCUCAAAGAGCAGAUCUCCAGAAUCAUUUGGACACUGCCCAGAAUGCAUUACAAGAUAAACAGCAGGAACUAAAUAAGGUCAAUACACAGUUGGAUCAGGUUACUACUAAACUCCAAGACAAACAGGAAUACUGCACCCAGUUGGAAGCUAAUCUUAAAGAGUACAAAGAAAAGCAUCUUCACUUGGAACAAAAAACAGAAGAAUUAGAAGGUCAGCACAAGAAAUUUGAAGCUGACAUUCUUGAAAUUACAGGAAGUAAAGAAAAGGCACUUCAGGAGCUACAGCAGCAAAGACAGCAAUGUACAGACUUAAGUCUCAAGGCUGCAGAAUUGACCAAACAACUAGACUCAGAAAGAGAAAUAGUAUCUGGUUUCAAACUAGACCUUCAAAAGAAAUGUGAUUCCUUAGAAGAAGCAAACCAGCAGAUAUUAAAGCAAGAAGAAGAAAAUAAAAAACUGAAAUUGGAUAUUGAAAAAUUACAUCAAGAUGCAGUCAAACAGAAUAAGGAAUUCAGUGGAAAAUUGCAGGCAAUGACAGAUGAUUUGAAGAAAUUAGAACUGGAAAAAGACACUCGAUUAAAGGAACUUGAAGCUAUCAAAAACAAACUGUCAAAAAGCACUGAAUCUCUAAAAGAAGCAAAGGAUGAAUUAGAGAAAGAGAGACAAAAAGGAAAGGCAGCAGUGGCAGAAAUAGAGAAGUCUUGUCAAGAAGCUAGAAGGCAGCUACAACUGCAGUCAGAAUCUAUAGCUAAAGAACAAAAUGAAUUGAAAAACUCAUUGGAAAAACAAGAAGGGAUCUCCAAGCAAUUGGCCACAGAACUUGAUUCAUCGCGUGCCCAAGUCCUACAAAUUCAAGGUGUUUUAAAAGAGAAAGAAAAGAAUGAACAGCAAUUGCAAUUGAAGGUGAAAGAACUGAAGGAAUCAUUUGACCAGAAAAAAAAGCAAAAUGAAACACAGCAAGCUGAAUUAAAGACAGCUCUCUUAGAAAAGGCAGAACUUGAGAAUAAACUGCAGCAGCAGAUAACAUUGUCAGCACAAGAGCUUACGACAGAGAGAGAAAAGAUAACAGAGUUACAGAAGACCUAUAAAACAACUCAAGAAAAUAUGGAAAAACUUCAGCUGGAUAUUUAUGGUAAAGAAUCUGAGCUCUUAGCUACACGGCAAGAUCUUAAGUCCAUUGAAGAAAAGCUUGCUUUAGCGCAAGAGGAAUUGGUUUCAAACCGAAAUCAAAUUAGUAAUCACAAUCAAUUAAUAAAAGAACUUAAGACUGUAAGAACAACACUGGAGCAGGAUGUAUCCAAAAAAGAACAGCAGCUGAAAGAGCAAGAGAAACUAUUGCAAGAAAUACAGAAAGACAAGGAUUUAAAAGAAAAAGACUUGGCUAAUGAAAAAUCUAAAACAACAGAACUCCAGAAGAUAAGCAGCAAACAGGAAAAAGAAAAUUCCAAACUGAAGGAAGAAGCUAAAAUAUGCAAACAAGAGUCUGAGAAGGAGAUAACUAAUUUGAAGGAUGCCAAGCAACUGUUGAUUAAACAGAAACUGGAAUUACAGGGAAAAGUGGAUAGCAUUAACACAGCUCUUGAACAAGAGAGAAAGAAUCAGGAUGCUAUCAAAGAUCAAUUUAAAAAGAGAGAAGAAGAACUGAAGAAGAAAUGUGCUGAAGUCGAAACAAAACUGCAAGCUGAGAUUAAGGAGAAAGCUGAACAGUAUAAAAGUAACAAGGAAACAGAAGGCAAACUCAAUAUGCAAAUCACAGCUUUGAAUGAAAAUCUGGGGACUGUAAAGAAAGAGUGGCAAAGCAGUCAAAGGAGGGUUAAUGAACUAGAAAAACAAACAGAUGAUCUGCGUGGUGAGAUAGCAGUCCUGGAAGCAACAGUGCAAAAUAACCAGGAUGAGAGGAGGGUUUUGUUGGAAAGGUGCCUUAAAAGUGAAGGAGAAAUUGAAAAACUUCAAAACAAAGUGAUGGAUGCACGAAGAAAACUGGAUGACACUACUGCAGCCAUGCAAGAACUGGGCAGAGAGAACCAGUCACUGCAGAUUAAACAUACACAAGCCCUAAACAGGAAAUGGGCUGAAGACAAUGAAGUUCAGAAUUGCAUGGCCUGUGGGAAAGGUUUUUCUGUAACAGUAAGAAGGCAUCACUGCAGACAGUGUGGAAAUAUCUUCUGUGCCGAGUGCUCAUCAAAGAAUGCCUUAACUCCUUCUUCUAAGAAACCUGUUCGUGUCUGUGAUACUUGUUUCAUUGACUUGCAAGGAUAAUUACUCACAUCUCUUAAAUGUUAUGCCACAAUAAAGUUUCUGUUAUGCACUUCGUACAACAUUCAGACUACUGUUUGGUUUGGGUGAUGAUUGUAACAAUUGGAGAAAUUAUAGCAUAGUUUAUACUUUAUUGAUAAAGUCAAACAAUUGUACUUCUUGUGAGGCUGAAAUUAUCUAUGGCUUAUUUGGUCUUGGUCCUACAAGAGCUUAUGUGCUGAGUUUAUAAGUCCCCAGUAACUUGUAAAUAAAGUUUAAAAAAGGAGUAACAAUGUAUUUUUUUAUCUUAAUCCAUUUGUUCAAAAGUAACAUCUUUUAAAGUAAACAUAUUUGCAGGGAUUUUAUGUAUCAGAUAUUGCUGCUGUAAUGCCAUAAUUACAGUUUCAUGGCUGCAUUAGAGCUUAAAGGAUACAUUGUAGCCCCAAACAAGCAGCUUUACCCCAAUUUCUUCUUAUUUGCACAGUGAGUAUCAUGUUUUAUGGUGUCUGCCCACUUGGUGGAGAACUGCAAUAGGCACAUAAAUAUUGUUAGGGUAUUUAUCUGCAGUUAACAGUAUAUAAGUCACUGAAAAUUAAGAACAGCAUCAGGAUUGUUGUCUGCAUUUGAUCUCUUUUAAAAUUACUCUCUCUCAUAUCGAAAUUACAACUAAAUACCUAUUCUUUUUUCUUCCCACAAAAAACCUUAUAUGGAGAGCCAGGAAAAUAUACACAGGAAGGAAGAACAGGAAUUCAGAGAUAGAUAGUUCAGAAAGCAGUUACUUAUUUGGGAAUCCCAACUCUCUCUCUCUCUCUCCAGUUUCUCAGUUUUUGCUAGAGGAUUUUAAAUCUUUGCAGAUUUGGAAUGAAUUCCCAGAUUUGUUAAUGGGACUGAAGAUUCUCUUACAUUAUUUGAACAUUUCAGCCAUGGAUUUUACAAUAUGAUGGUAUCAUAUUUUGUCCAUCUUAAAAUAGGCUGAAAUAAUGCUGCUGCUGCUGCUCCUAUUCCUCCUCCUCCUCCUCUUUUAAAAUUGAACAGUUGUAUUUAAGCAGCAAGUGAUAUCUUAUAGUUUCACAUUCCUAUAUAUUUUCUUAUUUUGAUUGAUAAGGAUGGAGAUAACCUUUAUUUACAUAAUUGCAUGUUCACACAGCAUUGAUUUUAAAAAGUACAUGUAAAAUCUAAGAUUACUAUAAUAUUAGGUCAUAUUUCAAUUAUUCAUUUGGACUUGAGGUUUGUUUUUAAAAUGCCAUGAGGUUUUCCUUGUCCAGUUUGGAUAACAAGUGAUUCCAGUAUGCAAGGACUGGAGCACACAAAAAGGAAAAAGGGAGUAACGAACACAAAUAUAUUUCCGGAGGUGUAAUGACUCAGUGGUAGAGCAUGUCUUUUUUAACCAGAACUCUCUUAAGUUUAGUCCUUCAGGGUUUCAUAUUAAUCAGAUUCUAUGGUCCCAGGGCUAGCAAAGAUCUCCUCCCCCCCAGCACACUGGAGACCAGUCAGGGCUAGGCAGACCAGUAGACUUGCUUGAUCUAAAGAGGUUUUAAAGAUGGCCAGAUGGUAAAAUAAAAUAUGAUGUAUAGACUUUUCAAACCUCCUGAGUUUGGUAUGCAUGUUCUAUGUCAGACUAACAUUGAACCAUCCAAAUCUUAUAUAGGCAGCAUUCCCGUUCUUUUGCUUUUACUUGUCUCUUUAGGAUUACUGUAGAGAGAAAUUAUGUUCACAUAAUCUACUAAAAGACCUGGGAAUUAUUAAAUCUUAUUUGAUAAAUCAUACGAGUUCUAGUCAUUGACAUAUAUGUACACUUCACAUGAAUGUCUUAAUUCUGAAGCAAAAUCAGAAAUGAUAUACAGAUAAUACAAAUUAAUCACAUUCUCUUUUACUAUAUAGCAUCUGAAUCCUGCAGCAUUUGUAGUUACAUUGUAAAACCUUAACCACCUGCUCCUCAGUUAAAUGGGGUAUUUUAAUAGAUUUAAGAGGUGUGAACUGAUUUCUUUGGUGGACUACAGCUUACAGCCCUAGACAUUGCAUACAUACAGUGGAUCCUUGUUAUACGCUGGAGUUUGGUUCCAAGAUCCCCCGUGUAUAACAAAAUCCGUGUAUGCUCAAGUCUCAUUAAGUAUAAUGACAUAGCAAAAUGGUGUCCCUAAUAAAAAAUGGAACAUCAAGGUAAAUUUAUACUUUUUUGGAACAUUUUCAAACCGUGUAUGCUUAAAACCGUGUAUAAAAAAUCCGUGUAUAAGAAGGGCCGACUGUAUAUGUGGAGACAAGAAAGAUGAAUCUUGUAAAGUCUGUCCUACAGUUCAGAAAGUUAAACUAUUUCAGUGGAAAUCCAAGCAACCCUCAGGAAGGACAAUAAUAUUGUCAUUUGCACUAUGCACUUUCCAACACAAUAUGCAAGAGAUGAAACAACUAUUUUAUAAGAGCUAAUAUAACAGCUGGCCCAGAAGGUUUGGCAUUUUUAAAUAAGUGCUUGUUGACCAGUUCAUAGGAGUAUUGUAUCCAUAAUUCCUCUGUGUACCUGAGGACAUAGUAUAGGUACAGGAAAGGAACUUACAUUUAAUUUUUUUAAAAGAAUAUAACCAUAGCAGUUUUGCACACUUUACUUUAGUUGAGUGCUUUCCUUUCUUUGAAGUUCUAUUUUCACCAUUAAAUUACACUGAAUUUACUUGGAUGGUCUGUUUUCGAGACCAUAGCAAUAAGUAGAGAAAAACAUCCUCUGCAUAGAAGUUUUUUGUGUCCACAUUCUGUUUUUAAAAGUUAACAUGUUUGAAUAAUAUACAACAAUAACACUAAAUGUUUUAUAAUUGUGUACUAUUAAAUUUCUUAGUUGCUAUUUCAGAUUUUAGAAAAUGAAUAAAAGAUGAUAGGAUUAAAUCCAGCUGUUAGUCCCACCUAAAAUAGAUCAACUAAAUCAACUGAACUGUCAUAGGAGUUGCUGUAACAAGUUCUUAUUGAUGCAAUCAAACCUAUGAAAGUUCAUUUGAUUCAGUUAAUCUGUUUUAAUUGGUAAUGACAUUUGGCUUUAGCUCCUAGUCUUCAACAUUGUCUGCACUGCUUCAAUUCAUGGGAUGACAGAAUAUUCUAUGCAGUCAUUGUACAGCAGAUGCCCAAAAAGACUCAUUAGACUUAGUAGGACAUAUUUGAUGUCAGGAAAUUAUCCAUUCUUUUUGUGCCAAUCAAAGAUGCAUCAGGUUAAGAGGAGGUUUCUUUUUCAGUUUUUGUUCUCUCCUAAAAUCCAUGUGAAUAGAUUUUACCUUGGCUGUUCUGCAAUUCAUUCCCCCCCUGCAAAAAAAAGCACUUCGUUGGUGAUGAGAGUCUAGGUCUCUUGUUUGCCCUCAUGCAACAUAAAUUGUUGAAUCCCAAUUUGCAGCACCCAAGGGAGAAAAGAAAGACACACUGGAUUAACAACAACAACAAAAAAAAAACAGAGAAUUUUUUGCCCAUAGAAAUCUGUCCCAAAUGCUGCUUGUUUUGGAUUUGUCACUUUUGUAAUUACUUGAUUUUAAAAACAUAGAAACUCCAAUUUGACACUUGAUACCACUAUAUAAGAUUUCAUUUUAACUACCUCUUGAUGUGAAACUCAACCAGUCCAUUUUGAUCUGGUUCCCUCACUAUAAUGUUAGGUAUUGAUUUGUGAUAACUGCCAAAUUUUCAAGUACGGUAUUAGGUCUCACCAAAAAUAGAUUGUUUGUGUGUGUAUACUUAACUAGAUUCCAGUGACUAUAAACUCACAUGUGCUCUUGUCUUCUAUAGUUUAGUUGUACUCACUUGCAGCUGUUAGACAAAAAUCAACUUAUCACACAAGCUGUCCCAAUCAUAGUCUUUGGGGCUAUAUCAGCUAUAUAUUGGCAGUUGGUUACCAUUACCAUUUUACGUGCCAAUAAAUUAGCCUCCAUUUCCAGAACUCUAGACAAAAUGUUAACAAAUGUAAUGAUGCUCUAAUGGAUGUGUGCCACAAAUCAUACUGUCCUGCUGGCCUCUUUUUAAUGAUUGGUUUAUUAUGGUUGCAGAUGUGAAUAUUGUGCAUACAGUUUACUUAUUUUUCUGUAUAAUUGUAUAAAUUAGAAUUGGAACACUUCUGUGCUUACUUUGUAUUUAUAGGAGAUGUAUUAACUUUACCUUCAUAACAUUGCACUUCUUUUUUCAAUUGGAACAUUACACUCACAUUAUCUUGUAGAUAGUUUUGCAUGACAGUUUUUAUCAGUUGGAUUUUCUUAAGUCCCUCCUUUCUGUGGUGUGUUAAUGACUUGUAGUCAUGUAGUUGUGCCUUACAUUGUGAAAGGGUUUAGUUCAGUAUGCACUGUAAUUCCUAAACUCUGCAUUUGGAAAAUGAUGAAAGUGGAGGAACAAGAAAAUGACACCAUGCACCAACUAUAAUUCUGUAUAUGAAACACAUGGAUGGAAACUUGUGGAAAUGUUACUUUUGUAUUCUAAUCUGUUAUUGGGCUGAAAAUAAAAUUGAGACAUUUCUGAUA